AUGCCAGCUCUAGAUCAAGAGCAAGAUGAUCAGGACCUCCUAGAUCAGCAACUGCAUGACUCCCUCUUUGGCCAAAUCAACGACGCCUCAUCUUUAGACAGCGCUUCGUCGCCACAACACCAGCGCCAACUCGACGACGACUUCUUUCUUCCAGAGGAUGAUAUGGUAGACGAAUCAUCUGCUGCUGCUGCAGACAAUAAUACACCAAGUACAGAAUAUGGACGACUGGCAUCUCCAGCACCAAGUCCCUUGAUACCGACUACGCCUGCUGGACAGGUUUUAUCACCCUCAAAUAAACAAUAUAAAAUCCCUCCAUCAGAGCUGGCAUUUCUCAAAACACAGGUAGCAGACCAGCCACGUAUUCCAUGGCAGUGGUCCACUACCGGCAAAAAAGAUUCUUCACCAUAUAAACCCACCGCGAUCGGCAAAUGGUGGUAUGACUAUUGGUUAAACAGUCAAAGUGACAUAAAAAUCGGAGCUGCGGCGUCCCAUGUUGGGCAUAUAAUGGAGACCGAGCUUGGUGUUCAACUUCUAGGCGAUAAGCGUGUUGCGACGCGGCGCCACAGCAAGAAGAAUGAUACUCAACCACGACCGGGGAAUCGGGAAAUUCGUCCCUUGAGUUUGGAGGGCGUGUCUCCUGAGGGCGAAGAAUAA